ACAGGGUAGAUGCUUGAGAGUGGAGGAUAAGGUACAAGUCUCUGGGACCAGUGGAAUGGAGGCCUGAUGUAGAUGGAAAGAUGGAUGAAGAAGCAGCUCUGAACUCUAUUAUGAAGGAUUUGGCAGCAUUGGGCAAAUGUGGGGGGCUGCUGGACAACAACAGAAAUAAAAACAGUGUUCACACCAGCAAACAGCAGCGGAAUGUCAGGAUCAAGUUUGAAUAUGAAGGAGAGAAAAGGAUUAUCCAGUUUCCAAGACCAGUCAGAUUCAAAGAAGUGGUGCAGAAGGUCACGGAUGCUUUUGGACAGACGAUGGACUUAGUCUGUGUGAACAACGAGCUCCUGAUCCCGCUGAAAUCCCAGGAAGAUUUGGACGAAGCGAUGGAACAGUUGGAGCUGAGCCCUUCCCUGAAGAGCCUGAGGAUCCUUGUGAGCGCUCCAAAGAAAGCGAAUCUCCUCCAGCCGAACAACAGUAAACAGCAUGAAAUGAGGAUCUCCAGAUCCAUGGGUGAUAUCAUGGGAUCCCUGUACAAAGACUCCGAGAGGACGCGGAAGUAUUCAACAGGCUCUCUGCACACUGGCCGGAGCUCUCCACCCCCCGGGAGCGUUCCUGAAGAGCAGCAGCAGAUCGCUCGCCAGGGAUCCUAUACCAGCAUCAACAGUGAGGGCGAAUUCAUCCCUGAGACCAUGGAUCAGAAUAUGCUUGAAGCUUUCAUCAGCCCCGAUGAUUCACUGUCUGGGAGCUGCCAGUCCCUGGACAGGUCUGUGGACAGCCCUCCCUUCACCCAAACCCCUGUUCCUGGAAGGAAGACCCAUCCCAAAGACAGUCUUGAUUGCAUGGAUUUCGAUAUCCCAUUCUGCGAGAGGUUUGGGAAAGGUGGGACCUUCCCGAGGCAGUACCACCUCUCCCAAAGUCGCAAGGACUACAGUGAUGGCCGGAGGACUUUUCCCAGGAGUUACUUCCCACAGGAGAACCUGUUUCAGCUUGUCCCUUCUAGCCGAACCAAGAGCUUUAAUGGGGACAGCAAGCUCAGCACCUUGCAGUACGAUGAAUACAGGCCCAAAUGGAGGAGCAAUUGUGAAAAAGGUCUGCAGGUCUUCAGCACCUCCCCUACCAAAGCUAGAAACUCCCUGCAGGCACCUGUGAACUGGAGGCUGGGGAAGCUGCUUGGAAGAGGGGCUUUUGGUGAAGUUUAUCUCUGCUACGAUGCUGACACUGGCCGGGAGUUGUCAGUAAAGCAGGUGCCUUUUGACCCUGACAGUCAAGAGACAAGUAAAGAAGUUAAUGCCUUAGAAUGUGAGAUUCAGCUAUUGAAGACUCUCCGCCAUGACAGGAUAGUGCAGUACUAUGGGUGUCUGCGGGAUCCUGAGGAGAAGAAACUGUCUAUAUUUGUUGAAUACAUGCCAGGG